AGCGGGGCGGAGGGAAGAUGGCGGUGGUGGCGCCGCUGCUGGCGCUGCUGUGGGGGCUGCCCGGCCUCUGCCGAUGGCUCGCCCAGCCCUACUACCCGCUCUCCGCGCUGCUCGCCGCCGCUUUCCUGCUCGUGCGCAAGGUCCCGCCGCUCUGCCGUGGGCUGCCCUCGCAGCGGGAGGAUGGUAACCCGUGUGACUUUGACUGGAGGGAGGUGGAGAUCCUCAUGUUCCUCAGCGCCAUUGUCAUGAUGAAGAACCGACGUUCCAUCACUGUGGAGCAGCACAUCGGGAAUAUUUUCAUGUUCAGCAAAGUGGCCAACGCCAUCCUGUUCUUCCGCCUCGACAUCCGCAUGGGGCUGCUCUACCUCACGCUCUGCAUAGUGUUCCUGAUGACCUGCAAGCCACCCCUGUACAUGGGCCCUGAAUACAUCAAGUACUUCAGUGACAAGACCAUCGAUGAGGAGCUGGAGAGGGACAAGCGGGUGACGUGGAUCGUUGAGUUCUUUGCCAACUGGUCCAGUGAGUGCCAGUCCUUUGCCCCCAUCUUCGCCGACCUCUCUCUCAAGUACAACUGCUCAGGACUCCAGUUUGGGAAGGUGGAUGUCGGCCGGUACACGGACGUCAGCACCAGGUGCGGGGAACGCAGCCUGGGCGAGCAGGGCUCACUCUGGGGCACUCCCUGUGACCCUCCAGCCCCCUCAGGCUGCCCGAGGGUCACUGUUGGCCCGUCCUCACACAGGUACAAGGUCAGCACCUCGCCUCUCACCAAGCAGCUGCCCACCCUCAUCCUCUUCCAGGGCGGGACAGAGAUCAUGCGGCGGCCGCAGAUCGACAAGAAGGGCCGGGCUGUGUCCUGGACCUUCUCUGAGGAGAAUGUGAUCCGGGAGUUCAACCUCAACGAGCUCUACCAGAAGGCCAAGAAGCAGUCCAAGCCACGCGAGGAGGGGCCUGAGGAGCCCCCAGCCGUGCCGGCGGCUGCGCCUCAGGAGACCAAGAAGGACAAGUAGAAGCUGCCCCGUACUGUCGCCCAUCACUACGUCACCAUCAGCCUGGUGGCAGCCGUGGGCCUGCCCAGCCCUGCCCGGAGCCGCUUUUCGUGGAGACUUGUCCCGGCUGAGCCCCGGGAAACCAGCGGUGCCCCCCCGGCCCCGUGCGGGCAGGGCGGUAGGAGGGGCCCCGUCUCGGUUAACGCUCGCUCUCAUCCAUCGCUGACAAUAAACGGUCCGUUCCGUGCCCGUAUCCCGUGUCCCGUGUC